AUGGUUGGAGAUGGAAUCAACGACUCUCCGGCCCUUGUAGCAGCUGAUGUUGGAAUGGCAAUUGGCGCGGGGACUGAUAUAGCCAUAGAGGCAGCUGACAUUGUGAUCAUGAAAAACAACCUGGAAGAUGUAAUUACUGCCAUACAUCUUUCUAGGAAGACCUUCUCCCGCAUUCGAUUGAACUACUUUUGGGCUUUGGGUUACAAUCUGCUUGGAAUUCCCAUUGCUGCUGGGGCACUCUUCCCAUCCACCCGAUUCCGCCUCCCUCCUUGGAUUGCCGGUGCAGCAAUGGCUGCCUCUUCAGUGAGUGUUGUUUGCAGUUCUCUUCUGUUGAAGAAUUAUAGGAGACCCAAGAAGUUAGAUAGUCUAGAGAUAGGUGGAAUAACAGUUGAGUGA